UAUAUAAAACUGAAGAUGAAAAAUGAAAGCCCAACCCCACCAUUGCCUUUGUCUGCUACUACCUGAGGAAAUUUCCUUAUUUUUACUGAUCUCUUUUGUCUCUUUGUCAUUAUUUUUGGUUCUUGUUAUUGAUGAACACAGAAGAACAAAAGAAAGAACUCAUCUUUAGGGAAGAUUAAGCAAAAAAAAGAAAAAAGAUUUUCUUUACUUUUUUCUGUACUUAAGAAAUGUUGGGUUCUUCUUCUUCAAAGGAAGGAGGGAAUAACAACUAUGAUUAUUCAUUUAAGAUACUGUUGAUUGGUGAUUCUGGUGUCGGCAAAAGUAGUUUACUUGUUAGUUUCAUCUCCAACUUUGUUCAUGAUCUUUCUCCUACCAUUGGGGUAGAUUUCAAAAUCAAGAUGGUCACAAUAGGUGGGAAAAGAUUGAAACUUACAAUUUGGGACACAGCUGGUCAGGAGAGAUUUGGAACAUUAACUAGCUCUUACUAUAGGGGUGCACAUGGGAUUAUUCUUGUAUAUGAUGUGACACGGCGAGAAACCUUCACCAACUUGUCUGAAAUAUGGGCAAAGGAAGUUGAGCUGUAUUCCACCGAUCAUGAGUGCAUCAAAAUUCUGGUUGGAAAUAAAGUUGACAGGGACAUUGAAAGGGCUGUUACUAGAGAAGAGGGUAUGGCUCUUGCACAGGAACAUAAAUGUUCUUUUCUUGAGUGCAGUGCCAAAACCAGAGAAAAUGUGCAUCAAUGCUUUAAGGAUCUCAUUUUAAAGAUUCUUGAGGUACCUGCUUUAUCGGAGAAAGGAUCGGCAGUGGUCAAGAAACAAAUUUUGCAACAGAAACAAGCAAACAAAGCACCCCAAAGCAAUGGUUGCUGCUUUCAAUGAAAAUUCUGUGACACUUGAGGUAUAAUAAUACACUAUACGACUAGACUACAUAUGGAAGCUCCACAACAGGUGGUGAUAGGGGAAAAAAGACGGGCCAAUCAUCCCGGACUGCCGGUUAUAUUUGCUAGAUGGUAAGUCUUGGUGGAGCCACGGUCAUUGUUUCCCCUGUAAUUUUCGAAAUAUAGGGAGAUGUUGUAUUAUCUUAGGCUAAUGUAAUGUUUUUCUUCUUAUACUUGUUUCCUUUUGUUGUAAAUAUAGUGUAAACACAUCAUUAGGUCUGAAGAAUUGUUUGUGGUUUGGUGGAGAUGUGAAUAUGGAUUGAAUAAGACCAAAAGGAAAGGUCCCUUAAGCAAUUCAUGUCAAUUGCAAUUAUUAGGAAUGUGAGUAAAUAUAUAUUAUAUUGUGUUCGGGAGGACGGAUUCCAUAACAACAGACUGUUAGAUUUCUACAUCAUUUGCUUGGUAAUCGGAGUGUUUAUUUGG